ACAUUCAGCUGUUGCGCGCGAUUGCAGGUAGACGGCUGUGCCUAUACUUUAGCAAAAAUGGCUUCGGAUAUUGUAAAAUGUGCAAAUUGUAAUAUAGUGAUUAACGAACUACUAGCAUUUAUUCAAAACAAGGCGGAUGUAAUGGACGAGGUUUCUCUUAUAAGAUUAUGCUGUGAUAGCUUUUCUGAUAGUGAAAUAGUGUCUGCAAAGAAGCUGUUCUUUAAUUCUGUCCCGGAAUCGAAGCGCAAAACUCGCAAGAAUAAAGGUAAAAAUGCUCGAGACAUUGAUGAUAUUAUAUGUCUUUUUAAAACGACCGAUCCUGAAUUAGUACCUAUCUUUGUUGCUCGUGAUCUUCAAAAAUUACCACCUAUCACGUUUGACCACAUAGAUGUAACGCAGCUGUUAAAAGAUAUUAUUAUGCUAAAGUCCGAUGUACACGCAUUAAAAACUGAUAGCGCUACCCUAAGUCAGAUGUUGGACCUAAAAACGGAGAUAGAUAAUCUGAAACAUGCUUCAGUCAUUUGCAAUAAGUUUGACUUUAUCAAUAGAAAAAGAGGCAAUUUAACAGCAGAUUUAGAAAACUAUGAUAGUGGGCCAAUGGCAUUGCAAAAUUAUUCCCAGGAGAUCCCAGGUAAAGAUAAGUCACCUACAUCUUUAAUAUCACAAAAGAACUAUAACAAAUUUUCUCCUGCAUAUGUGGGUAUGCAAAAAAAUGUUUUAUCAACGCCGCAGAGAAAUAACAACAGCGCGGAGCAAUCAGCUGGUAUUACGCAUACAACAAGUGUUAAAGAAUUGUGUAGUGCUAUCUCGCCUACGCAGGUAAAGGAAGCUAAUGAAUUAGAUCGUGUUAUUGAUAAAACGAAUAAACGGUGUAUGUCCACUACUAUUUGUUCAAAUACUACGAACUCGAAUGUAAUUAAAGAGGUUUCAUCAGAUUGUCAUUCGAAUGAGCGAAAAACGUUGAAUAGUAUGGAAGUGGAACGUAAACAAAUAGUAGGGGAAAAGUGGACAUUGGUUACAAAUACGAAACGAAAAAAUUCAGCGUCCGGUAAAAGGAUGGGAAAAGCCGAUGUUGGACCUGAAGGAAAAUUUAAGGCAGCAAUAAUCAAAAUUCCUUUGUUUAUUUCCAAUGUGUCAAAGGACACAAAGGAAAGUGAUAUUAUUGCAUAUAUUAAAAAUAAAACACAGGAGGAAACAUCUUUAUUUAAAAUUAAUAGAAAAAUUGAAAAGAAGUAUAAUUCUUUCAAGCUCUAUGUGUCCAAGUCAAAGCUGGAUGUUUUUCUUGACGAUAAGUUCUGGCCCGAUGGCAUAACCUUUAGGCGUUUUACAAAUGAUAAUUUUAAGUUAAAAAAUAGCGUUAAUAGCAUAAUGAAGCAAACUAUUACAUAAGAAUGGAUAAAGAAAUUUAUAAAACAACUAAAUUAGCCUGUUUUAAUUGCAAAUCUGUGAAACGCUCAAUUGAUGCAGUUAAGUUUCUGUGUCAAAAAGUUGAUAUAGUUGCUCUCCAGGAAACGUGGUUGCUUCCCUUUGAUAUCCCAUACCUUGCCAAGAUACAUCAAGAUUUUGAAUACACAGGAAAAUCAGCUGUGAAUAUAUCAGAGGGCAUACUCAAAGGACGACCGUAUGGUGGUGUGGCGAUUUUGUGGCGCAAAGGAACUUUUGAGUCAGUCACAGUAAUAAACUGUGCUAAUGUGCGGCUAGCAGCAAUAAAAGUAUCCCUAGGUGACAGAUACUUUUUAGUGUUUUGUGUAUAUAUGCCGACAGACGUGAGUGAUAACCUAACAGAAUUCACUGACUGUCUUAGUGAGGUAAGCGCGAUAGUCGAAAGUUGUGACGUGGAGGCAGUGUACGUCCUUGGUGAUUUUAAUGCUCAUCCUGGUGAGUCUUUUGGACUUGAACUUUUAAAAUUCUGUUCUGAACAAAAUUGGAUUUGUGCAGACAUUGAAAAGUUAGGUGUAGAAUCUGAUAACUAUACAUUUGUCAGUGAUGCACAUGGCUGUAGACGAUGGCUUGACCAUUGCAUUGUCACACAAGCUGCUUGGCACACUAUAACUAACAUAAGAAUAUUUUAUGAUGUAUUCUGGUCUGAUCAUUGCCCCUUUGUUGUUGAGUGCAGGUUAGACACUAUUAAAACUAAAUUAGAAGUUGCGACAAAAUCAUGUAACAAAGUAAUAUGGGGCGAAAGGGUCAGUGAUCGGAUUGAAGUAUAUUAUGAUAUGUGUAAUAGCAAAUUAAUAUCGCUUAAGGUACCUGAGGAACUUAGCAUAUGUUAUAAUUCACACUGUAACAAUACUCAUCAUAGGUUAAUGCUUGAUGAAAUGUACAACAAUAUUGUUACUAUUUUAUCUGAGGCCGCUAUACAGAGUUAUGAUGAUAAUAGAAGUUAUAAGCAUAGUGGUCGUAUUGUAGGUUGGAACAGACAUGUGAGGGAAGCACAUGCGAUGGCUAGGUUUAAAUAUCGCUUAUGGUUGUGGCAUAACAAACCAACUAGUGGGCCUAUAUAUGACGAUAUGUGCAUAACACGUAAAAUAUUUAAGAGCAAACUAAAAUGGUGUCAAAACCAUCAAGAGCAAAUUCAACUCGAUAUCAUAGCAUCACAUCGUAAAGCAAAUAAUUUCAAAAAAUUCUGGAAAGCCACCAACAAACUUGAUAUUAAGCCUACCCUGCCUGUGUGCGUUGGAGGUGUAAACGAACCUAUUAGCAUAGCUAAUAUGUUUGCAGAGCAUUUUAAAAUAGAGUCGUUGCUAGGUCCAUCGCAGCCGGUGCCCGGAGAUGAGAGCUAUCGUGGCAGUCAUGACUGCAUUCGUUUUACACCUGAACAAGUGGCAACUGCCAUUAAAAAUAUGACUAGGGGGAAAUCUCCCGGCCAUGAUUCUCUCAGCAUCGAGCACCUGCAGCAUGCCGGACCUCACCUGCCUCGAUUACUCGCUACUUUCUUCUCUUCAUGUCUCUGUCAUUCGUAUCUGCCUCACGACCUUAUGCGGACAAUAGUUGUGCCUAUAAUUAAGAACAAAACAGGUGACGUGGGAGAUAAGUGUAAUUAUCGACCUAUAUCUUUGGCAACAAUUAUGGCUAAAAUACUUGACAGCCUGUUGGAUACACAGCUGGAAAGUUAUAUUGAGUUGCACGAUGCACAGUUUGGGUUUCGGUCUGAAUUGUCUACUGAGAAUGCUAUCUUAGCCCUAAAGCACACUGUUGAAUAUUACACAAAGCGACGUACACCUGUAUAUGCAUGCUUUUUAGAUCUCUCCAGAGCUUUUGAUCUCGUAAAUUAUGACUUAUUAUGGGAUAAACUACGCCAGAAAAAGAUUCCAGCUGAGCUUUUGAAGAUUUUUCAGUACUGGUAUAAUAAUCAGUAUAAUAAUGUGAGAUGGGCCGAUAAGUUCUCUGAAAGGUACAGAUUGCAAUGUGGGGUCAGACAGGGAGGAAUUACGUCACCAAAACUUUUCAACCUGUACAUAAAUGACCUAAUCGUUGAACUCAGCAGCAAAAUAGUCGGAUGUCGUAUCGACGAUGUAAGUUUUAAUAAUAUAAGCUACGCAGAUGAUAUGGUGUUGCUGAGUCCCACGGUUAAGGCCACCAGAGAACUCCUUAAGAUAUGUGAGAAGUAUGCGUUAAACCAUGGCUUGCGAUACAAUUGUAAUAAAAGCGAAUUCAUGGUGUUUAGGGCCGUCGGCUGUAAAAGCCCAGAAAAUGUGCCUGCAAUUAAAUUGAAUGGCAUUGAAUUAAAACGUGUUGCUAAAUUUAAGUACCUAGGGCAUUUUGUUACCGAUGACCUAAAUGACAAUGUUGACAUUGAAAGGGAACGUAGGGCGUUGGCAGUCCGAUGUAAUAUGUUGGCUCGUAGGUUUGCGCGGUGUAGUGAACAAGUAAAGAUAACGCUAUUUAAAGCGUACUGUCAAGUUUUCUACACGUGCAGCCUGUGGUCGAAUUAUUCACAGCGGACUGUCGACACCUUACGUGUCCAGUACAAUAAUGGCUUCAGGAUCUUGUUGGGGCUACCCCGAUUUUGCAGUGCAUCAGGCAUGUUUGCAAAGGCGCGUACAGAUGACUAUUACGCCCUUAUAAGAAAGAAAACAGCCUCGUUGCUUGGCAGGGUGCGGGCUAGCUCCAACUCCAUCAUGAAAAUAAUUGCUGAAAGAUACGACUCAUUCCUCCUUAAGCAAUAUUACCGCCUAUGUUUAGUUAAUAAGGCACUUGUAUUUAAGAAUUAGAUUUAGGUACUAACAUAGGUUAUAAGUUUCAUAUUUACUAACAAAUUUUAUGGAUCACUUGGUUAUCUGAAAUAAAUUAUUAUUAUUAUUAUUA